GAGGAAGCAUAUCAAACCUCUACAGUGUUUUAGUUUCUCGCUAUAAAUACUACCCUGAGAUUAAAGCCAAAGGCAUGGCAGCCCUUCCAGAGAUCAUAUUGUUCAUUUCCGAACAUAGUCACUAUUCUAUAAAAAAGGCAGCAGCCGUUGUGGGAAUUGGGGUGGAUAAUGUUAUUGCUAUCAAAUGUGAUGAAAGAGGGAAAAUGAUUCCAUCUGAACUGGAAGAAAAUAUUAUCAAAGUCAAGAGACAGAGCCAAUUCUGUUACAUGGAAUCCUCACAAACUGAUGGGUGUUCCGCUACAGUGCUCGGCUUUUUUAGUCCAUGAAAAGGGUCUUCUCCAAGCCUGCAACCAGCUCCGUGCUGACUAUCUCUUCCAACCAGACAAGGCUUAUGAUACAGUUUAUGACACCGGAGACAAGGCAAUCCAGUGUGGCCGGCAUGUUGAUGUCUUCAAAUUGUGGCUAAUGUGGAGAGCUAAAGGCACAGGAGGAUUUGAAAUUCUUAUCAACAAAUUUUUGGAACUUGCGGAAUAUCUUUAUAAGGAACUCAAGACAAGAAACAACUAUGAGCUGGUUUUUGAUGCGGAGCCUGAAUUCAGCAAUGUAUGUUUCUGGUAUAUCCCACCAAGUCUUCGACAUAUCCCCAAAGGGCCAGAAAGAGACAAAAGACUCCAUCAGGUUGCUCCAAAAAUAAAAGUGAGGAUGAUUGAAGAAGGCACUACCAUGGUUAGCUACCAACCUUUGGGGGACAAUGUCAACUUUUUCCGAAUGGUCUUCUCCAAUCCAGCAACCAAAAAAUCAGAUGUUGAUUUCCUCUUGGAAGAAAUUGAAAGACUUGGGAAGGAUUUAUGAUAAUCAGAAAAAAAAUGUAUUAUUAGUAUUGUGGGGAUUCUUUACAGCAGAAUUUCUCAACCUUGUCAACUUUAACAUGAGUGUACUUCAACUCCCAGAAUUCCCCAGCCAGCCCUCUUGACUAGGGAAUUCUGGAAGCUGAAGUCCACAUCUUAGAGUUGUCAAAGUUGUGGAACACGGAUUGACAAAGGUCUGUUGUUAUUUUUUCCAUAAAAGUGCUGCGCUGUAGUUUCCUUUCUUUCUGCUAUUUGUUGGGGUGAAAUUCAAAGGCUUGAAACAUACUGGGAAGGGAGUUACACUAGAUCUGAUGAAAUAUAACAUUUUUCAAGAAACUUGUAUUUGUACAUUAAGUGGGUAAAUAAUCUUACAUGUCUUUUUAUUCAAAGUAGUGGGCAUUGUUUUUCCAUAGGCUGCAGCCUAAGAAAACCUCUUUAAAAGUUCACGCGAUCACGCUGUCUUGUUUGAUCACAAGUAAUCCCCAAGAGAAAUCAUUGUGAUAAUCACCAUGCACAAAACAAGCACUGGGUAUUUUAAUAGCAGUUAGACUUAUAUACCGCUUCAUAGGGCUUUCAGCCCUCUCCAAGCAGUUUACAGAGUCAGCA